AUGUCUCGCGCCGGACUCUGGUUCAAGGUCAUCGCAGGUGGCAUCGCGAUCUCUAUUGGUGGCCCAGCUUUGGUGCAAGCCCUCCGCCCCUCGGAUGAGGAGCUUGUGAAGCGGUACAACCCGGACCUGCGGAAGCGUAGCGAGGAGCAGGGAGACAAGAAGGCGCAAGAGUUUGACGAUUAUGUCAUGAAGUUGAAAGAGUGGUCAAAGUCAGACAAGUCAAUCUGGGUGGCUGCUCAAGAAGAGUUGGAUGCGAAGCGCGCACAGGCAGAAGCUCAACGAGUCAGGGCCAAGGCGGAGACACAAGCACAAAGGGAAGAGAUGCGCAAGGAGAUGUUGGGCGAAAAGUAA